CAUACAUACGAACAUAAUAUACAUAGACACAACUUUCUUUGUGGAUCCCCAUCUUAUAAGGAGAAAAGUCUUACAAGGCCUUCCUCACCAUUUUUUUCCCAUUGGAAAUUGAGCAAUGAGGAAGCCUGAUCAGAUGGGAAAAGAGAGAAUGAAUAAUACCAAUAAUAAGAGUAAGCUUAGGAAGGGUUUGUGGUCACCUGAGGAAGAUGAGAAGCUGAUGAGGUACAUGCUAACCAAUGGACAAGGAUGUUGGAGUGAUAUUGCUAGAAAUGCUGGCCUUCAAAGGUGUGGGAAAAGUUGUAGGCUUCGAUGGAUCAAUUAUCUCAGACCUGACCUCAAGCGUGGUGCAUUCUCUCCCCAGGAGGAAGAGCUUAUCAUCCAUUUGCAUGCAAUUCUUGGCAACAGGUGGUCUCAGAUUGCAGCACGUCUUCCCGGAAGGACCGACAAUGAAAUUAAGAAUUUUUGGAAUUCCACAUUGAAGAAAAGGUUCAAAAAUAACACUUUCUCAACCUCAACAAAUGACAGUGAUUCUUCAGAGCCUAGAGAUGUCAUAGGUGUCACACCCUUGAAUGAACAUGACAUUAUGAAUAUGUGUAUGGACACAUUUUCCUCAUCAUCAAACUCCAUGCAAACUUUGGUCACAGCAGGCAGCCAUUUAGAUCCAUUUUCCAUGCUCGAUAACUGCUAUGACAUGACGGGUGCAGCCGGGUUGUUCAACGUGCCGACAAGCUUAACACCACAAGUUGGUAAGGGAGAUGGAUUUUAUGGUGAUUAUGGGAUCUUAGGGCCUAAUAAUAUGGGGUUAGAAAGGGACCUCUCACUUCCUCCACUAGAGAGUAGAAGCAUUGAAGAGAAUAAUGCAAUGGUAGAUAUGAAAAGCACUAACAACCACUUCAAUAAUAAUGGUUGCUUCAACAAUACUAGUGAGAGCUUUAAAGUGGAAAAUAUGUUUGGGUUUGGAAAUCAUGGACAAGGAGAAAACUUAAAGAUGGGGGAGUGGGAUUUUGAAGGAUUAAUGCAAGACUUAUCCUCCUUUCCAUUCCUUGAUUUCCCUGUUGAAUAAAAUCCCACCUUUGGAUCCUUCCUCUCACUCUCAUAAACUAUCCAAAGCCAUACCAUAGGAAAUUUUUGGCCAAAUAUUGUUUCUUCCAAAGUCAUCAAAUCAUACAUAAACCCAUUUGGCUUGCUUUGUUCUUUUUGUUUCAUAAGUACCUGUUGUUUCUCUUAGCCCUUAGAAAAAACAAUGUAUACACCAAUGCUCCCGUGGUCUUAGAUAGGUGUCUGCAAUAAAUUUGCAAUGUAUUAAGAUUGUAGGAUGGUGAUCUGAGAUGUUUCUUGUAUGUAUCUCAAUUUCCUUGUGAGGUACUUUGGUUGAUCUGCAGGAACAGUUGGUGCUAUAAUCAUAGUUCCAAUGAAGAGAAAUGUGAAUAGACAUAUAGAAGUAGACAGGGAAUAAAGAUUAGUUGUUAAGUUGUCUUUGGUGUACAAAAGGAAAUAAUUUGGGGCUAGAAGUCGUUAUUAGUGGCAGAAAGUGAAAGAAAAUAUGUAACCUCAAUAAUGUAAACGAUCAUGUCAAUAAGACGCAUAAUGGAAACUUCUACUGUUUUAUAUA